AUUACAAAAGGACCAACUUCAUCCUGCCCCUACCAUUGCAACGAGCCCUUUGUCAACAAAAGCCCCUUCUUAUCAAGCUAUAGUCCUUGGAACAUCUCAUCUUCUCUCUUUUCUCCGUUUGAUUGGCCCGAUAUACCUCGGUUGAAAGCGUCCCAAGAUGUCUGGCAGCGCUGGGUACGAUCGGCACAUUACCAUCUUCUCAGACCAAGGCCGUCUAUAUCAAGUCGAAUAUGCCUUCAAAGCGAUUACUGCCGCCAACAUCACCUCGGUGGGAGUGAGAGGAAAGUCUUGCGCAGUCGUCUUGUCACAGAAAAAGGUUCCGGACAAAUUGAUUGAUCCUUCGUCUGUCUCCCAUGUGUUCAAGAUAUCACCUUCAGUUGGGGCCGUUAUGACCGGUUCCAUAGCCGAUGCAAGAGCUUCAAUAGACCGAGCCCGUGGCGAAGCGGCGGAGUUUCGAUACAAGAAUGGGUACGAGAUGCCGUGCGAUGUCCUGGCCAAGAGACUUGCGAACAUCAAUCAAGUGUAUACACAACGAGCAUACAUGAGACCUCUAGGGGUUGCCACGACUCUGAUAUCAUUGGACGACGAAUUUGGCCCACAGCUGUAUAAGUGCGAUCCGGCAGGAUACUACGUGGGCUACAAGGCGACGGCGUCGGGACCCAAGCAACAAGAAGCCCUCAAUCACCUUGAAAAGAAGCUGAAGAACAAAGAGGCCGCUCCCGGCAGCUGGGAAGAGGUGGUGGAGUUGGGUAUCACCACGCUCAGCACGGUGCUUAGCGUCGACUUCAAGAAGGGCGAAUUGGAGAUUGGAAUCGUUGGUGGACCAAAAGCCGACGGCAGUGAAGGAACCGAGCACGAAUUCCGAACGUUGACGGAAGAUGAAAUAGAGGAUCGGCUACAGGCCAUUGCGGAGCGUGACUAAAUCUGGAGUGGUGUAAGGAGCGAUUCCAGCCAAAAAUCAACGUGUAUCAUCAUAUGGCGAGGUGUGGAUAUGCUGGAGCACCGCGCUGGACAGGGGUUCUUUCACGGGUUCAGCUUAAGUUUAUGGAGAACUAGCGUGAGAACAUUGGGGGCCAUUUUCUGCAUGAUGUGGAACAAGACAUAUGGCGUAUUCCUCUAGUUUGAGGGAGCCAAGUCAAUUGCAGUCAGCCAUGGCUUUUGAAGUCCCUUGGGCCCGAUUUAUGAACCUGCAGCUGUGUAGAUUGAAAAACAAAGGAUUGGGUGCGAAGGAGAAGUGGAGUCCGUAGCCUGGCAUAACAGCAUUAGGCGGUAGGACCAAACAAUUCAUUGUGAGGGAACAGAGAAGAAAGAGAGGAAGGAGUCGCGGCUGGGAUGGGGCUGAUGAGAUGAGGCUGGUGGACGAAUCAAAGGGCAAACAAGACGGAAAUACUUGGGAAGCUGUGACUUGGAGACUUGGAAUUGUAAUGUGAGCAUAUACCAUCUCGCACGUGCCUGUCUCCAUUUUCUGCUAGGUUAGAAUGGGCUUCACAAUGGCGAUAACGG